UUCGAGAAAAACCCUUUAUACCUACCAUUAAAAUUAUUUUAGGUUAGGUUAUCAAAAUAAAGAAAAAAGUAAAAGUUUAUAGUGAGGUACACAUUCAAAUUAAAUAAUUAUGGUGUAUCAAUAUUACGUAAAGAUUUAAUAAAAAAUAAGUUUUACUCCUAACUACGUGUGCUAAACAAGUUUGCUGAAAAUCCUAAGUUUUAAAUACAAAAUGUUUCGCAAUUUUGUUAAAGUUUUUGAACCUGUUAAAAAUCAUUUAGUGCGUGCGGUCGCUGGAAACGGGGCUAGUACAGGAGCUGCGGGCAGCGUCUACGAAAAGAAUUGUGUUUCCAAAGAACAACAACUGACAGAUGCAUUGAAAAAGGCUAUGCCGGGAAUCACGUACAUCAGUGUGCAAGAUAUAUCUGGGGGUUGUGGCGCUAUGUUUGAGAUAAGUGUGGAAGCUAAAGAAUUCGUAGGGUUGAACAGAGUGAAACAACACAGAUUAGUAACAGAUUCUCUGAAGAAUGAAAUAGCAGAAAUGCAUGGCAUCCGUAUUCACACGACGCCGGCCGCCACGCAAUGAGAAUAUUGCUGAAGAGGGAAAUAGCAUCUAAAUUUUCUGAAAUGACGAAUUUCUGGAAAAAAUACAUAAAAAUACAGUUAUUGCCAUUAGACAAGUAUACUUAUACUGAAGAUUCGCUUUGAAGUGAAAGUCAACCAUUAGGAGCAGAAUUUUUCCAAUUUCUCAUCCAUCAUUUGCAAAUAUGUACUAAGGUUAUGAUUUCAGAUGAAACGAAUAAAAGCAUGUGCACUUGUAGAGACAUCACAAAUUUAAUGGUUCUCAUCAUUCACAU